UAGAAACUGGUCGUUCAUUUACUGAAGACACUCGUACCACAACUAAUUCUCGGCAAAAAACAAUUUUGAAAGCUGAUCGUAGGAUUUCGUCAGAUUUAUUUGGUAGUUUGGCUUCUGAUCAACUUGCAAAUGAAGGAAAACUUUCAGCACCUACAACCCCUGAUAGAACUCAGACAACGAUUAUUGAGAAUAAAGAAUAUCCUCGAACCGCAAAUGAAUCAUCAAGCAUCGUAGAGUCACCAACUACUACUUCAUCUUCUGAAAUUGAUGUGGAUUUCACACAAGAAUUUCGCGUUAAAUCUCUCUAUUCUUAUUCUGGUAAUGGUGCAGACGAUCUUCCAUUUGAGGCUGGAAUUUCUUUCUUGGCACAUCCGUCCAAAAUUCAAUCAAAUGCGGAUUGGUGGUAUGGUGUGAUUGAACAAACUGGUGCAAAAGGCUGGUUUCCCAAAUCAUACGUUGAAGUAAUUAAAGAAGAAAAGGAAAUUUGUAAAGCUAAAGUUUUAUACGAAUGGAAGGCACAAUCUCCUGACCAACUUGACAUUAGACAGGGUAACGUCAUUUCUAUACUCGACAAGUCCUUGGGUGAUUGGUGGAAGGCUGAAUAUGAAGGCGCUAAAGGAAUUAUUCCAUCCAAUUAUGUCGAGGAAAUUUCUAGUUAUAGCGAUAAGGAUAUGACAGGUGAAGAUGAAACAAGUAACGAUGACACAAGUGAAGAUGAAUCUAAUGAAACUAAUGGCGAUAUACGUUCAAAAAGUGAUAUUGUUAAUGAUUCAAAAUCAGACAAUAUUUUUGACAUAGUUUUUACGGACCCUAUAACGAUACCAAAAUUUAGCAUUCAAUCUCCUAAAAAUGCUAGUUUUAUAAAAAGUCCAAUAGAUAUAGAUUCUAGAUCAGCCUCACCGAAUUCAUCAGAACCUACUGAGUUUGUAAGAAGUCCAAGCCCAACAAGAUUAUUUGGUUCUAGUCCAAUUAUCACUGUUCCAUGGAUGCAAGUUGGAUCAUUUAAAAGAGAGCGUAAUAAUUCUACAGAUUCUAAUCUUAAUCCACAAAUUAUGCCGCAAAGACCCGAAAGUCCAGUUUCAAUUAACCAAGGACCUUCUGCGCCAUUAUGGGCAGGAAUCAUGGACUCUAAAACACUGGAAAGUAUAUCUAAAGAAGAGCGUAAACGACAAGAAGCCAUUUAUGAAUUAAUAAUCACGGAACAAACAUAUCUUCGUGAUCUUCAAAUCAUAAUUGAAUUGUUUUAUGGCCCUCUUCAAAGUCUCCUUUCCGAACAGGACUUAUCAACUAUAUUUUGUAACAUUCAGGACAUUUUAUUAUGUAAUACUACUAUUCUUAGCGAUCUGGAGCAACGCCAAGAGGAAGAUGCCUAUUUUGUUAGUAAAGUUGGAGAUAUUUUGCUCAAACAUUAUGAAAAUUUAACGCUAUAUACGAAAUAUUGUGGUAAUCAAUUGAACGCAACCAAAUUCUUACAAAAAAAAUGUAGUGUAGAUAAAAAAUUUGCUGAUUUUCUUAAGAAAAUUCAACAAGAUCCGCAAUGUGGAUCAUUGGAUCUUUCUAGCUUUCUGUUAAAGCCACUACAACGAAUCACUAGAUAUCCCUUAUUAAUACGUCAGAUAUUGCAUUAUACAAGCAAAGACAAUAUCGACCAUCAAAAUAUGAUGCAGGCCCUUCAUAAGGCAGAAAAAAUCCUGGAAGAAACAAACGAGGCAGCACGUGAGCAGGAGAACCACAUGAAAUUGAAUGAAAUAUCAAAUCUUGUAGAUUUAGAAAAUCUAGAAGAGGAUACAUUAAAAGUCACAUUAUUUAAUUUUGAUAAAUAUACAACAGAUGAAUAUUUAGGACAAGCAGAAAUUGGUUUACAUUUCCUAACAUAUUAUGGAGAUAAUGAAACCGAUAAAAUUAAAUUAGAAUUAAAGGACAUACCACCGGGCAAAUCCGUCCAAUUGGACAGAAGAAAAUUAACCCAGGAAUUGUUAAAACAAUUAAGAACAAGUAAAGUGGAAGAUAUAGGAUUAAUGAUAUUGGCUUUACAGACAAAUGAGGUAGUGAUAGAUUAUGUCUGCGAAGCGCAUGAGCAUAAGAAACAGUAUCCCAUUUUAAUUGUUUGA